UUAGCUAUUCACCUCUCGGUCGGCACUCUUCACUACUCUUGCUCCUUUCGGACCGACUGCGGCAGCCAUGAUCCCAACCCUCCUCCUCCUCCUCUUCAUCGGCCUCCUCCCGCCGGCGGUCUCCGCCUCCGCCGGCGUCGCCGUAAGCACCUGCCGCUCCUUCUGUGGCAACAUCACGGUGGACUACCCCUUCGGCCUGCGCCCCGGGUGCGGCCACGCGGGCUUCCGCGACCUACUCUUCUGCAUUAACGGGGUGCUGAUGCUCCACCUUCCCUCCGGCUCCUACCGCGUGCUCGACGUCGACUACGCCUACCGGGGGCUCACCCUCCACGAUCCGGCCAUGUCCGACUGCUACGCCCUCGCCCGCUCCCCCGGUGGCCGCGGCAACGGCUUCGUCGUGGAGCCGUGGCGGGCCCCCUACCUCCAGCCCGACCCGGACAACGUCUUCCUCCUGCUGGGCUGCCGCGCCGAGUCGCCACUCUUCCAGGGAUUCCCCGGGAAGCACCUCCCCUGCCGCAACGUCUCCGGGAUGGGCUGCGAGGAGUACUACCGCUGCCCGGCCUGGGCGGAGUUCCCCGGCGGCGGAGGGGCGACCUCGAGGAGGGACUCUGCCGCGUACGGGGCGGCGAGCCCGCCGGAGUGCUGCGCGGUGGAGUUCGGGGCGAUCCGGGCGAUCAACCUGAGCCAUCUGGGGUGCGAGGGCUACAGCAGCGCCUACAGCCUGGCCCCGGUGCGGGCGCUGGGGCCCGGGGCAUGGGCCUACGGCAUCCGAGCCACCUACUCGCUGCCCGCCGAGCACCAGGGCUUCUGUGGGGCCUGCCGGGCCACCGGCGGCGUGUGCGGCUACGACGAAACCACCAACGGCAACCUCUGCCUCUGCGGGGAUCGGAACUCCACUUCCAACUGCGACUCGGUGGGCUCGACGGGCGCAAGCGUUGAUGGCUCGUUGUCCCUGUCAAUUCUAGUCGGAGGAAUAUUGAUCGCCAUGAUGACUUGGAUUCCUGCCUUCUAGAAUCCCACAAUCCCCUUGCUGAGCUUCCAACCAUGGCACGAUAUAUAGUACAGAUUCUAUCUUGCAGAUUUGAACUUUUUUUCUUUAUACAUAUUUCCAUUUUUUUGAUUGAUGAGAGUUCAUUUCAGACUAGAUCAAGUUCUGGUGGGAUUUCUAUGUCAACCUUAUUCGCCUCAUCUUCCAUGAGUGAUAUAGCAUGAACCAAAUAUAGUUUUCCAACUUUCUCUAAUUUUAUCAUCAAUCCAACAGCUUUUAAGAUUGAAUGUGCGGUCAUGCAGUUAUAUUUUAUAGCUAGGGGUGCAUAUGGGUUUGGUCAAGCAAGACCGAUGCCGUACCGGGCUUGUUAGGGUGGUUAGGUUGGGAUUCUUAAUAGGAUCAUGACAAUUCUUAUUCCAAUUUUUUUAAACUCGGUCAAAUUAGUUCAGCUUUGGAUCGAAAGCUUUGAUAACCUAGAUCCAAACCUACUCGAUCCAUAUGCAUACAUCCAUGUGUGUUUGUACGCAUGCUCAUAUGUGGUUGAUUUUCAUAGGUUCUCCACUCAUGAUUUUGGUUAGUUGUGCUUGUUUUGAUUGAGAUGAUUUAUUGUGAUUGUAGGUUGCAACAUAUAACAGUCUAGAUUUAUGAAUGUUUUAAAUUUUAUAAUAAGAUAUCUUUGAAUAUAUAUAAAUCAUGAUCGAUCGUAUUGAUUUGGGCCUUGAGAAUUGAGAGAUCCUUCAUUGUUUUGAAUAGAAAUCUUUUGGAGCCAAAGUCUCUCCAUACAUAUAUACAUACAUACAUACAUAUAAUCUUUUCUAAUUUAACUCUUAUUAUUGAUUAAUUUUAUUGAAUAAAAUUAUUGUUUUAUUUGCCAUUUUCAAAUUUUUUUUGGUAAUCUGAGAACCAACUCAAACCAAUUUGAUUAUGAUUAGGUUAUGUUGGGUUGGUUCCAAUAUUGAUUUAUUCAAUUUUGGUCUGAAAAUUAAGAAACAAUUGAGAUCGGAUCAGCUUUAUACUAGAUUUUAACCCAAACCAACCUGCCUAUAUACAACCCCUAAUUAUGGGCGAUAUUUUUUUUCUUUCCAGAUAGGGAAUGGUCAGCAUAUUCAUUUUAGUCAAUCCUUUAUUUAAUGGUUGAAAAAAAAAAUUAAUAGGCAGCAUCUCAAAUUCCCUUUGAGACACAACUACAUUGGCCCAAAUAGCUUCAAGGAACCCUAAGAUCAUGAGGAUGAUUUUGAGCAAGAGUUACUAGAGGAUCCUAAGGUCCAAUUUAAUGACAAUACUAUUUAAUGAAACUAUGAGGCAUGUGCUCGUAAAAUAUUGGCAGAAGAAAUUGCAAGAUUAGCUGCCCAUUACAUCUAGUAUUGAGUCCAAAUAUUUUUGAUACAUGAUCAUGAUGCAGGAGACCAUGAUCUUAUCCUUGAUGUUUUUUUUCUUCUUCUCAAAGUAUCCAUAUAGAUAAUUUAUCUAAGAGGCUAUGAUUCCAGUGCAUUUUAUGAGAUUCUACUUGAUAAAAUUGUAGUCUAAAACGACAUAUAAUUGGAGAGGCAAAUUUGACCCUCUUUUCUAGAUAAAUUUCUUUUUAACAGCAAUAUUACAGGCUUCAAAAGGAAAACAUUCUUCCUACUAAAAGAAACACUUAAAAUCUCUCUUCUACGCUUUGACCUCUGCUCAUUUUAAUCAACCGAAUUACCACCUAUUGAGUCGGUAGCGGACUGAGAGCAAUUGGAAGGAGGCAUGUGGCCAUGCCAUCACAUGAAGCAACGCCAAUUAUUAGUCCACACCCCACGGAUGCUUGUAUUGUGUUUCCGAGUUAUUUUAAUUCAAAACACAUGCAAGAGAGCACUGAAUGAGACAUGGCGAGAAACGUCGAGGGUGGGAUCCUCCUCCUGGCCCCAAAUGCAGACCGAUGAAUUGAGUCCAGAUAUUGUUUCACCUUCAUCCAUUUAACUAUUUUCUCCCAACCAAUUUCCUUCGUCUCAUAUCUUUUCUCUCCUCCCCUCUGCUUCUAAAUAAAUAAAAUCACUCACCACCGCACUGCAUUGCCCAGGUGCAGUCUCCCGCUGAUUUGAUCAUUCGGUAGAUGGAGCUGGGUUUACUUAAUUGUGGCACUCCACGCCCUAUUUGCUAUAUGGCAGUCGGCCCUUCUUUCUACGUACACAAAAUAUGUUGAAUUUAUAGUUUCAAAAUAAAUUUGAAAAUAAUUUAUUUUUUGGGUUUUACAUUUGCAUUUAUUGAAAA